AUGUCGUUCGCAUUACGGGCUUCGAGGUCUAUCCUCCCUCGCGCUUCUGCCGCCCUUCAAAGCCAGACCAGGACAUUCGCUGUUUCUGCAUCCAGACGAUCCGAUAUCGUCCAGGACCUCUACCUCCGCGAACUCAAAACCUACAAGCCUACUCCUCCAAAGGCUAACGAUCACGAAGGCCAAGUCCGUGUCUGGAAGGCCCCAGCUACUGCCAGUACCCCAGAUCUCGGUGAAGCUUCCUUGACAUCCGAUAUCUCCGCUUACCAGGCUCAGGUUGUUGAGACUGAGUCUGGUGUUCCGGAUGCUGCUGCUGCUGAAGGUGCCGUCCCAGUGAAGAAUGCCGAUGAUUGGUUCGAUGAGGAAGCUGCAUUUGCAGAGGAGAAGCCAGCACAUCACUAA